UGUGCGUGGCGCGUUUGAUUGACAUGGCGGAGCCUCGCUAGCACUAGUCCGCGUCGCGCCGCGCCAGCAGACUGGCGAGCAGGCAGGCAGGCGAGCUCCGGAGCCUGGGAAUUAAAAAAAAAAAAAAUCUAUACACGCACAUACCGCCACCAUCACCAAGACGAAACGAGAAAGGCAGCCCACGUCGCGGUCCCGUCUCCACGUUGUUUCAUUCACAGCGAGGUAGGGCAGUUGAGUGAAUUUCUCCAUGAAUGUACGUCACAAUGAUGAUGACAGACCAGAUUCCACUGGACUUGGCUCCGCCGCCUCUCCUGAAUGGGGAGGUCCCGCUCAUGCCGCACAUGGUUAACGGUGACGCAGCGCAGCAGGUUAUCCUGGUACAGGUGAACCCGGGGGAGACGUUCACCAUCCGGGCGGAGGACGGCUCGCUGCAAUGCAUCCAGGGUCCUGCCGAGGUCCCCAUGAUGUCCCCCAACGGUUCCAUCCCGCCCAUCCAUGUGCCACCAGGAUAUAUCUCACAGGUCCUGGAAGAUACCACCGGGGUCCGCCGGGUGGUGGUGACCCCUCAGUCUCCGGAGUGCUAUCCCCCAUCGUACUCCCCCGCGUUGUCGCCCACGCACCACCUGCCCCCCUACCUGGCCCACCCCCACUUCAUCCCCAACUCCCACUCGUUCUACCCGCCCGUCAGCCCCGGCGAGCUGACCCACCACCAGUACUACCAGCACCACCUCCCCCCCAUGUACGGCGACCCAGAAAUCAUGCCGGUGUUCGGCAUUUCCAACUUUAUCCGAGAGGAGACGUACGGGAAGCCGCAGCCCAAGAAGAUCAAGGAACAGAGGCAACUGGAGCGACAGAACCGGCUCAACUCGCCGCCCUCCAGCCUUUAUAAAGGCAGCCUGGGGCCGGCCCACAACGGUUACAGCAGCAAGUCCCACGCGCCAUCACUCGGGUCAGUGGGGUCAGGCGGCGGCAGUCCAGGUAGCAAGAAACCGGAGAGGCGGCUUCGCAGCAGUCCACGCAAUGGUGAACCGGAGGCACACCCGCAAGAUCAUGACUCAGAGACCAAACGUGUUCAAGACAUGUUGUCGACAAUCGACAAACCACAGGUGUCCAAUCUGCAGGCCCGAGCUGUGCGUCUCUCUUGGGCGCCCCCCGCAGGCCUGGCAAGCCGGCACAGCAACGGCAUGCCCAUGUCGUGCUCCUACGAGUUGUCCCUCUCGGAUAAAGGGCGGGACGGGAAGUUUCGCCUCAUCUACAGUGGUGAAGAACUCGAGUAUCAUCUCAAAGAUCUGAGGCCAGCGACCGACUACCACGUACGGGUGUGCGCCACAUACAACUCGGUGCGCGGCUCGUGCUCCGAGGCGUGCACGUUCACCACGCAUUGCAGCGUCAGCGUUCCCGACGUCCCACUCGCCCCCAGGCUUUCCCACCGCACCAAAAGCACCCUCACUUUACAGUGGAAGCCGCCAGGCGACAACGGAUCCAAAAUCACAAACUACCUGCUUGAGUGGGACGAGGGGAAGAAAAACAGCGUGUUCCGGGAAUGUUACUUCGGGAGCCAGCGACACUGUAAGCUGACGCGGCUGUUCCCCGCCUGCGCUUACACCUUCAGGGUGGCGGCGCACAGCGACAUCGGCACAAGCGGCUUCAGCUCCGAGGCGGUCUUCUACACCAUGGGCACGCUGCCCGCGCUGCCUCUGGCGCCGCGUCUGGUGAGGGCCGGCGUAUCCUGGGUCACCCUGGAGUGGGGGCGGCCCGAGGGCAGCCCCGGCGAGGAGCAGCUGAAAUACACCCUGGAGAUCCAGGAGGACAACAGCGGAGCGGAGUUUCACCCGAAGUACACUGGAGAAAACUUGACCUGUACUGUACAAGGCCUGAAGAGGAGCACGCAGUAUAAAUUCAGGCUGAUUGCGUCGAACGUGGAGGGCAAGAGCAGUCCCAGCGAGGUGCUGGUGUGCACCACCAAUCCCGACAAGCCGGGGCCGCCGUCCACGCCGUGCGUCGUGGCGUCGACGCCUUACGCCCUCAGCGUCACAUGGGAUCCCCCGCAGGACAACGGCGGCUCUGAAGCGCUCACGUAUUUGUUGGAGAUUAGCGAGGGAUGCUCAGAAGCCGAUCAAUGGGAGGUGGCGUACAGCGGACCGGCCACAGAGUGCGUGUGCGAGCGCCUGGCCCCGGGCAGCAUGUACCGCCUGCGCGUCUGCAGCAUCACCACCGGGGGGCACAGUCAGUGCACUGUUGGCAUUCCGGUGCGCACGUUAAGCGUUCCACCCGGGCCCUGCCAGCCGCCGAAGAUUGUGGGUAAAGCCAAGCACAAGGAGGUCCAGUUAGAAUGGGAGUCCCCCGCCGCCAAUGGUGCAAGCGAGGUGUACAUGUUCAGCCUGGAGAUGAGCGAGGGCGACGCCCAGCCGGCCCAAGUGUUCCACGGGGCGGAGCUGCAGUGCACCGUGGGUAGUCUGCUGCCCGGCGCCACCUACAGUUUCCGGCUGAGGGCUGCCAAUGAGGCUGGGUUUGGCGAGUACUCCCAGCCAACGGUGGUCACGACCGCAGCGGGUCCUCCAGGCCAGUGCGGGCCGCCACUUAUCACGCUUGCCAGCAACACCAGCGUGUCGCUCAACUGGGAGAGUCCCGAGGGCUCGGGCAGCGACAUCUCGGAGUAUCUUCUGGAGUGGGGCCGGGAAGACGAGCCCAUGGAGUUGAUCUACUGCGGCUCGGCCACGCAGUGCGAAGUGUCCGACCUCACGCCCGCCACCAGCUACUGCUGCAGGUUACAGGCUGUCAAUCAGGCGGGGUCGGGGCCUCACAGCGAGCAGGUCAGUUUCCAGACACCGGCGACCAUUCCCGACGCCAUCUCCUCGCUCAGCCUCCUGGACCCGCCAGCCUCGUCGGAGUCGGGACAGUCGCGCGCCACCUGCCUCUUCCUCAAGUGGGAGGAGCCAAACAGCAACGGGGCGGAAAUCUCAUCGUACAUCAUCUCUCUGGAUGAGCGGACCAUCACGGUGGAGCCGGCGACCAGUCACCUGGUCGGCGGCCUGCAGCCCAACAGCGAGUACAGCGUUCAGAUCCAGGCAGUCAACGCCAUCGGCUGCGGCCCGUCCAGCCCGCCGUUGCUCGCGAGGACGCGGCCCCUGCCCCCGGCCCCGCCCCCUCUGGAGUGCGCCGCCGCCGGGCCGCAGAGCCUCAAGCUGAAGUGGGGCGAGAACGCCAGCAACCCUCGCUCCUCCCCGAUGGCCGACGACGUUUACUACACGCUGCAGAUGGAAGACAAAAACCACCGGUUCGUGAGCAUCUACCGGGGCCCCAGUCACACCUACAAGGUCCAGCGGCUGACCGAGUCCAGCAGCUACACCUUCAGAAUACAGGCCAUCAGCGACGCCGGCGAGGGCCCCUACUCGGACUGCCAAACAUUCUGCACCACCAAAUCCGUGCCCCCCGCCCUCAAAGCUCCCAAGGUGCACCAGCUGGAAGGGAACGCGUGCGAAAUCACGUGGGAGACCAUCCCGCCAAUGAGAGGGGACCCCGUGAGCUACGUGCUGCAGGUGCUGGUGGGCCGCGAGUCGGAAUACAAGCAGGUUUUCAAGGGCGAGGAGGCGGCCUUCCAGAUCUCGGGCUUGCAGGGCAACACGGACUACCGCUUCCGCGUGGGCGCCUGCCGCCGCUGCCAGGACUCGUGCCAGGAACUGUGCGGUCCUCUCAGCCCCUCGUCCCACUUCACGCCGCGGCGCCAGGAGGCCUCGGGACCCGGCGGGAUGGCGGGGGGCGGAGCCUGCGCCCCUUGCGCCGGCCCCGGCCGCGGGGGGGCGGCGGCGGGCCUGAUGUCCAGCGACGAGCGCUUCGCCGCUCUCAUCAUGUGCGCCUUCGCCGGCCUCUCCUUCCUCAUCGCCUGCUUUCUGCAGUACUUCUUCAUGAAGUGAGGGAAUCUCUUUUUUAUUAUUUUUAAUUUUUUUUUACAACAGGAUAGAAAGAGAAGGCGAAACCCAAGAGAAACUUUUUUUAUAACAGAUCGUCAAGAAAAAAAAACACUUGAGACGCUCUUCUUCUUCUUCUCCUCAAGGCUUCCAUUUCAGCGCGUUUUCUUUUUGUAGCCGAGCUGUACCUCCGCGCCGAGGGCGAGAAAAUUCAUCCACAAGCCUUAAAAUAGCCGCGAGCAGUCGCUCAAGACUGACUUGCAUAUUUUUUUUAUUUUUUUUGUUUUUUUUUUCAUAUUUGAUUAGAGGACGUGUAUAUUUCCUGGUUUAUUGCCUUAAUUAGAUGUCUUUUUAUUGACAUUUUUUUUUUUUAAAUUGCUGCAGUCUUUAUCCACUCAGCCAUAUUCUAAUGUAAGCAUUCAAAGCUUUAGCCGCGCAGAUUGGUUGACACACACACACACACACACACAUACACACUUUUGUGCGUGGACAAAUGACUCAACCGAUGCCACGCGUGCAGCCGCUCCGCUUUCUUUACGCUCGCCAAAGUGAUACAAUCCACGUGUGAUGUACGAUGCUGCUAUCCUUUGAUUUGUUUUUUGGUUUGUUUCUUUAGAAUGGAAAGCCAGUUAUCUAAUAUAAGUAUGAAAUAGAAAUCUAUAUAUGUAUACAGAGAGAGUGAGAGAGAGAGAGUUAGAAAUACACACGCAUAUCCAAUAUCCACGAUCGCGUCGAAAGUGAUGGCGUCGGCAGGUGGGACGGGCUGAUUCGGGAUCAGAUCGGAAGCCAAUCGGAGCAUUAAACUGGAUUGGGGAUUUCACGCAGACAUCCUGCAAAAUAAUAUCGCUUUUGCCUUUUACAUGGAAUUUGCACCCCCCCACCACAACCACCCCCCGGGAGUCAGGAUGUGUUCAUACGUGAUCUGAACACUUCACAUCUAAAAGUCAAUUUUGCUGCGUCUCGAAGCGCCUUUCAAACGGUGACACAGCAUUCUGACAUUUACAUGCGUCGGACACGACUGUCACCGUUUUUUACAGCGCCUCUGUAAAACAUUUUCCCUAUUCCACUUUCACCCCACUGUGAAAUUCCCGGCAGUGUGAAAGACUUUCACACCGAGAUUGUGCAAAAAUCGGCACAUCGGAGUCGUAACAGAUGACCUUGCAUUUAUUCGCUUUUUGCCUUCCACACGGGACUCAGUGAAGAAAAUUCCCCGGGGGGGGGGGGGGGGGGGGGGGGCGGAAUUGCCACGUCACAGCAAAACAUUGGCCUUUGCCAUCCGCCACAGACCCCAUUGAAGAAAAUUCCCUGGUUUUUAAGCAGUAAUCUGAAAGGGCCUUUCACACAGAGAACCUGCAAAAUUCCCACAUCAGAGCCAAAAUAUGCGACUUUGCCUUUCACACCAAACCCAGCGAAGGCAGGAUAUCGCCACAACUUUCACGGACACAAUGUCUGAUGACAAAAGUCCUCGGAAAAUGACCAAAUCAUCGCAGUCACAUAACAGGACGGGCGAAAUCAAGUCCCGCUUUUAUCGGCAUUCCCAAAAACACGGGGGCGACAUCCCGCCUGCAUUUCGGUUCUGUUACUACCUCCAAAACCGCCGGAUGAACGGCAUCGGUCCCGCCUUUGUGGCAUUCCCUUUAUGAGGGCAACCCGGCGAGAAAAAAUGGUCCGGGUCGACGUGAAAUGUUCAAACUCGACGCAUCCCGCUUGUUUACGGCAUAGAGUGGUGCAAAGGGGUAUCGUCGUUGUGUAAAAAAAUGAAAGCCCGCCCCUCACCGUUGUGCCUCUUCUUUUCAAGGAAUCCACCUGUCUUUUUUAAUUUUUAAUUUUAUUUUUUUAAUCCAGCCUCUCCUCCAACGAACGAUACACAGGGCAUUCUGAACACCAUCCCUCUAAUAAUCACAAAGCCAAGGUACACGGCCCAUAGAGGUCACCCUGACCCGUAUGAAAUGGAGUCCGCACAUAUGAGGGCUGUAACGUACAUCAGGGAAAUCCGGAAAAAAAACAAUUGUUUAAAAAAAAAAACGAUCCAUUAACCCUCCUGUUAGGUUGUUUUCUCAGGAACAACAACAAUGUUCCCGGGUCAGUUUGACCCCCCGGCUACGCUUCCUGAUAAAAACGCGUGCCAGUAAACAUUUUUAACUGCUUUCCUUGCUCAUAUUUCAAAAUGAAGCUUUGUAAAG